GAGCGCCCCGUCCCGCCGGCGGCCGCGAGACCAGAGCAAGCGAGCGAGCGAGGGUACGGCCGCGGUCCGGUGACCCCAGAGCGCAGCCCAGCGCGGCCGGCCGGCCCCAGUCCAGAGACCAGGCGAGCACAGCGCCACCGAGCCAAGCCGAGCGUAGCUCCCCGAAGCCCAGCGCGCGCCGUCGCCCGCGCCCCGCUCCGGGGAAUGCGCCCUCGGCGCGCCGGCCAGGGGGCGCCCGCAGCCCACCCGGGGGGAGGCGGCCCCGAACGCCCCUGAGCCUUCCCAUGGCCCGGGAUGGGGCCCGGGGCCUCGACUGCUGACGCGCCCGAAGCCCGCAGAACCUGUUAAGCCGGGGCCGCGGCCCCGACCCGGGCUCAGGCACAGCGGCGAGAGGGCGCGGGCAGGGCCAUGGCCCCGGGGGGCCGCUAGCGCGGACCGGCUCAACCGGGAGCCCCUCUGCUGCCGCCGCCGCCGCCGCUGCUCGGGAGCCCAGGCCCCUCCGCCGUGGAAGAGGUGUCUAGCCGGCUGCCUGAUUUCUGGGCCCUAGGCCCCUCCCACAAUGCCUGUCGCUGGCCUCCUCCUCUGGGCUUCCCUACUGACUGGGGCCUGGCCAGCCACCCCAACCCAGGACUACCUCCCGGCCACGCCCCGGGUCCGGCUCUCAUUUAAAGAGCUUAAGGCCACAGGCACGGCCCACUUCUUCAACUUCCUGCUCAACACAACUGAUUACCGAAUCCUGCUUAAGGACGAGGACCACGACCGCAUGUAUGUGGGCAGCAAGGACUACGUGCUGUCUCUGGACCUGCAUGACAUCAACCGCGAGCCCCUCAUUAUCCACUGGGCAGCCUCCCCACAGCGCAUUGAGGAGUGUGUGCUCUCAGGCAAGGAUGGCAACGGUGAGUGCGGGAACUUCGUCAGGCUCAUCCAGCCCUGGAACCGAACACACCUGUAUGUGUGCGGGACCGGCGCCUACAACCCCAUGUGCACCUAUGUAAACCGCGGCCGCCGCGCCCAGGCCACACCCUGGACCCAGAUGCAGGUGGUCAGAGGCCGAGGCAGCAGAGCCACCGAUGGUGCCCUCCACCCGACGCCCACAGCCCCACGCCAGGAUUACAUCUUCUACCUGGAGCCUGAGAAACUCGAGUCAGGAAAGGGCAAGUGUCCCUAUGACCCCAAGCUGGACACAGCCUCAGCCCUCAUCAACGAGGAGCUCUAUGCAGGUGUGUACAUCGACUUCAUGGGCACCGACGCGGCCAUCUUCCGCACGCUUGGAAAGCAGACGGCCAUGCGCACGGAUCAGUACAACUCCCGGUGGCUCAAUGACCCUUCGUUCAUCCACGCUGAGCUCAUCCCUGACAGCGCCGAGCGCAACGACGACAAGCUCUACUUCUUCUUCCGUGAGCGGUCUGCGGAGGCACCACAGAGCCCCGCCGUGUAUGCCCGCAUCGGGCGGAUCUGCCUGAACGAUGACGGCGGCCACUGCUGCCUGGUCAACAAGUGGAGCACAUUCCUGAAGGCAAGGCUGGUCUGCUCUGUGCCAGGCGAGGAUGGCAUCGAGACCCACUUUGACGAGCUCCGUGAGCACCCGGCAGGCGGGCGGGGGCCUAUGGCUACUGCAGGGGAUGGCGGCCGGAUGGGUGGUCAGGGGAAGCCUGGUGCCCCCCACCCAGGAGUGGGCAGGGCCUUGGGGCUCGUGGCCAAGGUACCCUCCCAGCUCCCUCUCCUUCUGUCCCCAGAGGAUGUGUUUGUCCAGCAGACCCAGGAUGUGAGGAACCCAGUCAUUUACGCUGUCUUUACCUCCUCGGGCUCUGUGUUCCGAGGCUCUGCCGUGUGUGUCUACUCCAUGGCUGACAUUCGCAUGGUCUUCAAUGGGCCCUUUGCCCACAAGGAGGGCCCCAACUACCAAUGGAUGCCCUUCUCAGGGAAGAUGCCCUACCCACGGCCCGGCACGUGCCCUGGUGGAACCUUCACGCCAUCCAUGAAGUCCACCAAGGACUAUCCUGAUGAAGUGAUCAACUUCAUGCGCACCCACCCACUCAUGUACCAGGCCGUUUACCCUCUGCAGCGGCGGCCCCUGGUGGUCCGCACAGGCUGUCCUUACCGUCUCACCACUGUUGCCGUGGACCAGGUGGAUGCAGCCGACGGGCGCUAUGAGGUGCUUUUCCUGGGCACAGACCGCGGGACAGUGCAGAAGGUCAUUGUGCUGCCUAAGGAUGACCAGGAGAUGGAGGAGCUCAUGCUAGAGGAGGUGGAGGUCUUCAAGGACCCAGCAUCUGUUAAGACCAUGACCAUCUCUUCCAAGAGGCAACAACUGUACGUGGCCUCAGCCGUGGGCGUCACACACCUGAGCCUGCACCGCUGCCAGGCAUAUGGGGCCGCCUGUGCCGACUGCUGCCUUGCCCGGGACCCCUACUGUGCCUGGGAUGGCCAAGCCUGUUCCCGCUACACAGCGUCCUCUAAGAGGCGGAGCCGCCGGCAGGACGUCCGGCACGGGAACCCCAUCAGGCAGUGCCGUGGGUUCAAUUCCAAUGCCAAUAAGAAUGCCGUGGAGUCUGUGCAGUAUGGCGUGGCAGGGAGCGCAGCCUUCCUUGAGUGCCAGCCCCGCUCGCCCCAGGCUACCGUUAAGUGGCUGUUCCAGCGAGAUCCGAGUGACCGGCGCCGAGAGAUGCGUGCAGACGACCGCUUCCUGCGCACGGAACAGGGCUUGCUGCUUCGCGCCCUGCAGCUUGGUGAUCGCGGCCUCUACUCCUGUACAGCCACCGAGAACAACUUCAAGCAUGUCAUCACACGAGUGCAGCUGCAUGUACUGGGCCAGGACGCCGUCCAUGCUGCCCUCUUCCCACCCCCAGCUGUGAGCGUCCCACCGCCCCCAGGCGCCGGGCCCCCCACACCCCCUUACCAGGAGCUGGCGCAGCUCCUGGCCCAGCCAGAAGUGGGCCUCAUCCACCAGUACUGCCAGGGUUACUGGCGCCAUGUGCCCCCCAGUCCCAGGGAGGCCCCAGGGGCACCCAGGCCUCCUGAACCCCAGGACCAGAAAAAACCCCGGAACCGCCGCCACCACCCACCGGACACAUGAGGCCUGCUGUCCGAGCCCUGCGAUGGGCCGGCCUAGUCCUCAUCCCUUUUAAUAUAAAAGAUAAAUAUAUAUAUAUAUAAAAUAUCUAUAUUCUAUAUACACCCUGCCCCUGCAAAGACAGUAUUUAUUGGUGGGUUGUAAAUAGCCUGCCUCAGCGGCAGCAUCAUCCAAAACUUAGACCCAUGCUGGUCAGAGACGGCAGAAAACGGAGCCCACCUAACCAGGCCCGGCCAGUUGGCCGAGCCAGGCCAGGACCACACAGUCCCCAGGCUCAGCUGGGAGUCUACCUGCUCGACAGCCACCGCCAGGAUCUACAGGACACAGGGAAGGAGCAAGCUCUACCUGGAUGGGGCACGGACUGUACACCUUCGCCCAUGUUUGCUGGUGGCAUACAUGUGGAUGCGAGGACUGCUUGGAGACCGGGGGUGGAGUGAGGGCUCAGAUGCGCUCAGAGAAGGGAAGAAGGGGCUGGCACAGGAUGCCGGCCCCUGCCUGGGAGAGGGGCACUCAGUCAAGGCCAGCCCUUUCCUGGGUAUUUAUUCUCUAUUUAUUGGGGACAGGAGAAGAGGAGCCCUGCCUGGGUGGGGCAGCCCCUCCAGCCCCUCCUUCCCUCCCUGCCUGGCCACUCUACCUCCUCUUUGCUUUCUGCAUGCCGCUGUGAUGCAGGGGCUGGGAGAAAAGCAGAGGGGCCAGGCUCAGGCAGCGCUGAGGGGAGAGGGGGUCAUGGUGGAGGCCUGGGGCCUGCAGGGGCUCCCCAGGGCUCCCUUCUGCCCACCACUUCAGAUGAUGGGUGUAAAUAGCUCUGGGGGGCAGUUGGGUAGGUGGAUGGGGGCUCCUGGCAGCCCUCGGCUGUCCAGGCCACACCUGCCCUUGGGUUCCAUCUUGCUAAUAAACACUGGCUCUGGGACUGGA